AUGUCGUAUAUACGGCUGGUAACAUGGAACGUUGACUUCGACUCUCCGUUUAACUACGAGCGGUUUACAGCUAUUGCCGAAGAGGUCCUGGGUGCAAAACCCGGCGUGGUGCUUUUUCAAGAAGUCUCUGAUUUACCGUUCUCCUCUUGGCAGGGCGAGAAAGAGCAGUCGACGAUUACGUCCGCUCGUCAGCAUGAUUCUUGUUACAAGGUCCUCUUGCGUCGUCUUGAGGCUCUAUAUGAGCCAAUUGUUGAUCUCGGCUUACCCUCAGAGCAGGCAUACUUCGUGAUGGCGUUCGUUGACCGAAGCAAGUAUCGAGUUCACGGAUACGAAUACACUGAAUUUGAAAACUCUUCACAGGGAAGAGGUCUGCUCGCAAUACAGCUCGAGCCCAGAGAUAUGUGCGGAGAUUUCAAGUUUCGAGUGCUUACAUCACACCUCGAAUCCGGAACUGCCUGUUCGGAAGUCCGAGUUCAGCAGAUGAGGCAAAUCGCGUAUGAGAUGCUCGAGGGUGAUACCCCGGCAAUAUUUGCAGGAGAUACCAAUUUUCGAGAGAAAGAAAAAGCAGGAUUUGAGAAGGAAAUCGCUAAAGCGAUCGGCUCAGAAGAGAUGCGACUUUUUGACCUAUUUGUUGAGGUAGGGGAGCCUUCACAUUUGCGUUUCACCUGGGACACACGCACAAACACGAACAAAGUCAAGGAGUUGCCACCUCGGUUCAGGCCGCGGGCUCGUUUCGACCAAGUGCUUUUCACUAGGCCUUUUCAAGCGAACGCCAUGCGGCUUUUGGGUCGAGAGCGACUCGGGCAUGCUGUAUUUCCAUCUGACCAUUACGGGAUUUACGGAGAGCUGCGCUUCUGA